AUUUUAUACCUACCACACCCAAGUCCAAGAGCUGUUAACAAUACGAACUGGGAAGAAAAGGCAUUGGAAUCGUUAAAGAAUUUCAAUUUACUUCAAUACUACACAUAAAUUAUAUUUUUAAUGAGACUGCUCAAUUAUAAUAUAAAAAGACAAUACUGUGAUUUUAAUUAAAAAAGAAUAAAUAUAAAAAUAUGGUUGAUUUUAUGAAGAGAGCCCUUGAACUAGCAACGGAAGCCAUGGAAGCUCAGGAAGUUCCAGUUGGAUGUGUUUUCACCUACAAUGGAAAUAUUAUCGCCGAGUCUAGGAACAGUGUAAAUAUCACUCGUAACCCAACAAGACAUGCAGAGAUUAAUUGUAUCGAUUACGUUUUAGAUUAUUGUAAAAGUAACAACAUAGAUUAUACAAAUUACUUCCAAAAUAUAACAGUAUAUGUAACAGUGGAACCUUGCAUAAUGUGUGCAUCUGCACUGAACAAUUUAAAAGUUAAAGAAGUUGUUUAUGGUUGCGCUAAUGAUAGAUUUGGUGGAAAAACUGUAUUGGAUGUGAGUAAAUUUUAUGAGAACACUUACAAAUUAACAGGAAACUUACUAUCAAAUGCAGCUAUGGCGUUACUAAAACAGUUUUACAAGGGCACAAACCCUAAUGCUCCCGAGUCAAAAGUGAAAAAGAAAAAGAAUCAUAUUUAAAAUAAAAUAAGUUUUCUAAUCAAAUAUGAAUAAAUAAUUUACCUUUGUGGUUUUACAUAUAUAUAUUUCAAUUAUUAAGCGGUGGAGCUUAUUAGUAUUAUGGUAUAAUUUUAUUUUAUGAACAAUGAGUGUUCUAUUAUUGUAAUAGUGUUCCUAGGAGUUAGUCAUAGUCUGAGAUAUAAUUUCCAUAAGUAUAUAUUUAUAAAAUGAUAAUUAUUAUAAGUAAUUGACUUAUUAAUAAACAUUAUUUUGUACAAUUAGUAUUUUAUAAAUUCGACGACUCAGUUGUUGUAAAUUUGGGUAAAUUUUCAUUAAUUGUUGAACUAUAGUUACUUAGUGAUUUUAUUGUUUUAAUGUUAAUAACAACAACGUUCAACAUUUUCCGUUUCGUUUGUAUCAUAACAAUAACAUUUCAUUACUUUUCUAUUAAAGGAAAAUUAAUAAUAAAUUUUAAUGUUGUUUGACGACAUAUACCCUCAACAAAAAUCACAAAAUUGUCGUAAAAAAAUUAUUAUAUUAUCCAAUUUUUCAAAGAGUCUAAUCAUGAUUUUUUUCACAUCUUGACCUUAAUAAUCCUAUACAGAUCUGAUAUUAUUAUUUAAUUAUAAUAAUAAAUAUAUGUUAAGUUCCUAGAUUUGUACAUAUAAUAAUAUUCGACCUGUGUUUCAUAAUGUUCCUGUUUUAGAAAAAAAUAAUCCAUACCAUUUGCUCAAUUGAUUUUAUAAUAAGUCUAUAAUUUUGUAUAAAAAUCAGGGAGUGCAUCUGAAAAUAAGGGAGUUAAUAAAUGUAAUCAUAUAAUUUACAGCUUUAUAAGAAUCUAUUAAAUAAUUCAACAGUAGUUUAUCAAAACCUG